AUGGGGUUUCGCUUCGCUCUUUCUGUAGCAAUCUCUGCUCUCCUCCUUAGCUCCGCCUUAACUCCGGCUCUCGCAGUAGGGAACAAAGCAGCCUCGCAUGGGGACAGGGUCAGCAGGUCGGAGUCCGUUCUUAGAGGUCAUUGGCAGCAACGGAGCAUGCGGGAGCUGAACGAAGAGGCGUCGAGCGAUUGCGGGAACAUGCGAGUGUGCGACAACCGCACGGCUCUCGACGACUAUGUCGCACGGGAAGAUGACAGUUAUAACUGGUACGACACGGGGUUCCGCAUACAGGGGAGGGUGGACGCGCGGUACGGCGGCGGCGAGUGGACGGGCAUCCAUCUGGUGGCACUACCUGCUGCUACUGGUGCGUUGGGUUCCCUUUCCGAGAGACGCCUUAAACACAAACGCCUGCAGCAUCUGGUGGCACUACCUGCUGCUACUGGUGCGUUGGGUUUCCUUUCUGAGAGACGCCUUAAACACAAACGCCUGCUGCCUCUGGUGGCACUACCUGCUGCUACUGGUGCGUUGGGUUCCCUUUCCGAGAGACGCCUUAAACACAAACGCCUGCAGCAUCUGGUGGCACUACCUGCUGCUACUGGUGCGUUGGGUUUCCUUUCUGAGAGACGCCUUAAACACAAACGCCUGCUGCCUCUGGUGGCACUACCUGCUGCUACUGGUGCGUUGGGUUUCCUUUCCGAGAGACGCCUUAAACACAAACGCCUGCUGCCUCUGGUCGCACCGCCUGCUGCCCCUGGCUCGUUUGGCUCCCCAAUCCUUCCUUUCUACGUCCCUCAGAACGCCUCUCAUACUUCGUGGGACUGUUUGUUACCGUCAUCAUUUCCCCAUCGAUCCCCGUUUCCGCUUUCGCUAUGUUUUCCCCAUCCGUACCCAGCUGCCUCCUCCCCAUGCUGUCAUUUGCUCUCUCUCUCACGCUCUCUCCUGUCCUUCCGUCUUCCACCUCUCUUCAUUCGCUCCCACCAAUCGCCGCAUCAUCUGACCCCCCUCCGCCCUCAGGUCCCCAGGCGCAUGCCCAAUGCGCCUCGGGGCACGGCGCUGCUGAUGCUGGCGGCGGGGCGGAACUCGGGCGCGUCAGGGGGAGGGGGAGGCGGGGGGGACGCGGACGGUCCCGCGGACGCGGAUCCGGGGGAAGACGACAAUGGUCCUGUUUGGACCGUCGGGGCUAGGAGGGGUGCGAGCGCACGGAACGACGGGGAAGCAGGGGGCGGGACGGAUGGGGGAGCAGGGAUGGGAACGGAAGGUGCAGGUCCGAAGAUUGUGGAUGCAGGCCUGCUGCCUCAAGCCGACGAUAGCUUCGUUGUCAUUGCCGCCGCGCUUGCAGUGCAGGCGGGCACGCUAGGCGCCGUGCUGUUCCAGGUGCCCAACCAGCCGUGCACCGUCCGCACCAACGGCACCACAGAGGCGUCCCUCUCAGAGGACUCGCUCGUUGCAGCCACGUGGCGUCAGUUCCUGCUGAACCCCUCGGACUCGGAUUGGCCCGCAACACUGCCCAUGGCCAAGGCGGGAGUGAGAGCCAUGGACGCGGUUCAAGAGGCCGUCCCUGUUUUCUUCCCCUCCCUCGCUGUGAGUGCGCUCUUCUUCCCCUCCCUCGCUGUGAGUGCGCUCUUCUUCCCCUCCCUCGCUGUGAGUGCGCUCUUCUUCCCCUCCCUCGCUGUGAGUGCGCUCUUCUUCCCCUCCCUCGCUGUGAGUGCGCUCUUCUUCCCCUCCCUCGCUGUGAGUGCGCUCUUCUUCCCCUCCCUCGCUGUGAGUGCGCUCUUCUUCCCCUCCCUCGCUGUGAGUGCGCUCUUCUUCCCCUCCCUCGCUGUGAGUGCGCUCUUCUUCCCCUCCCUCGCUGUGAGUGCGCUCUUCUUCCCCUCCCUCGCUGUGAGUGCGCUCUUCUUCCCCUCCCUCGCUGUGAGUGCGCUCUUCUUCCCCUCCCUCGCUGUGAGUGCGCUCUUCUUCCCCUCCCUCGCUGUGAGUGCGCUCUUCUUCCCCUCCCUCGCUGUGAGUGCGCUCUUCUUCCCCUCCCUCGCUGUGAGUGCGCUCUUCUUCCCCUCCCUCGCUGUGAGUGCGCUCUUCUUCCCCUCCCUCGCUGUGAGUGCGCUCUUCUUCCCCUCCCUCGCUGUGAGUGCGCUCUUCUUCCCCUCCCUCGCUGUGAGUGCGCUCUUCUUCCCCUCCCUCGCUGUGAGUGCGCUCUUCUUCCCCUCCCUCGCUGUGAGUGCGCUCUUCUUCCCCUCCCUCGCUGUGAGUGCGCUCUUCUUCCCCUCCCUCGCUGUGAGUGCGCUCUUCUUCCCCUCCCUCGCUGUGAGUGCGCUCUUCUUGCCCUCCCUCGCUGUCAAGAGAGAGCCAUGGACGCGGCUCAAGAGGCCAUCCCGGUCUGCUUCCCCUCCCUCUCUGUGA